CAAAAGUGAAACUUGUAUCGCACAAGAGGAUUCUUUGCAUACGCAGAGUUACAAUGGCACCAACUGCAGAACCAGAGGUUGGGGACCUGAUUGAAUUCUUCAGAGGACCAUACCAGCACNGGGCUGUGUAUGUGGGAGAUGGUUUUGUCAUUCACCUUACUAGCAUUGAUCAAGCAGAUGGUGGGUCCUCAAGCUUAAUGAGGUCUGAAAAAGCCAUCGUGAAGAAGGAAAAGCUGAAGGUGGUUGCAGGAAAACACAGGUAUUGUGUCAACAACCUUCUGGACAAUGACUAUGUACCCUGUUCUCCUGAAGAGAUCUUAAAAAAAGCUGAGAGCAUGGUGGGCCAGGAACAGUCCUACAAUGUGUUGCAGAGGAACUGUGAACAUUUUGCUACAGAUCUGCGAUAUGGCAAGCCCGAGUCACGCCAGGCGCGCCAGGCCAAGAAGACAAUGGAAAAGGCCAGGGAUGCAGCGGCUGCAGCAUUGACUUUUGGUAUUGGUGUCACAGCAGCACUCUUGGGUGGAGGUGGCCAGAAGCGGAGGGAGACUAACCAUUAA